AUGGAAGUAAUGCUCAGUGGUUCAGUGUAUUAGAGGUUAUGUGGACAGGAGCACAGAGGAUCAGGAAUAGUUGAAGUGUGUUGGUCAGGAUGGCUGUGGUGGAGAUGACUGAAGCUCUUGGACUGGAGGCUUUAAGGGGACAGAGCGCUGAUGCUCUGCGGCCUGUUUCUAGAACGGUGCGCGUGUUCAUCAGCUACACACACUCAGAUAUGAAAAGUGAGAGAAAUGCAUUCUGGGAGAAGGCAUAUUCUGAGUUGCAGGCUCACUGUCAAAGUCUGGAUCUUGUCGUUGAGGUUGUGGAUUUCAGAUGGGGAGUGCGUGACAUCAUCACCUCUGAUCACAUGACAGCUGAGCUCUGCGUUAGAGAAAUCGAGUCCUGUCAGAAGAUAUCAAAUGGGCCGACAUUUAUUGCUCUUCUUGGCAAUCAAUACGGCCAUCGUCCCGUUCCUCGCCAGAUAUCAGAGACUGAGUUUGAGGUGCUGGUUGCGAAGCUCUCCAAAGAUCCCGAGAGUUUAAAGCUCCUUAACCAGUGGUUUUCCAAAGACAGCAACUCAGUCCCACCCACAUAUAUUCUGCAGCCAAUCACAACUCAUUAUUCUCAUUAUGAUGAUAAGGGGUCUGACAACGCAAAGCUGCGAGAUAAUGAUGUCAUAUCCUGGAAUGUGACAGAGUCACGGCUGUUGCAGGCUCUCCGCACUGCUGCUCUACAAGCUGAGAAAGAUGGAUACAUCAGUGUAGAAUGCAAGCGGAAGUUUCUCAAGUCUGUCCUGGAGUAUGAGAUGGAUCAUGGUUUCCUCAAGGCACAGGAUGCUUCAGCAGUGCUCUUUAUCCGUGAACUUCCUCGACUCAGUAAAAGAGAAUGCAAGAGAAACUUCGCAAAGUUCCUGUUGGACGUCACAGCCGAUGGCCUGCUGGACACAGAAGCUCGCGAGCUCCUUGCCGACCUGAAGCAACGCGUUUCCAACACGGGUCGCCUUCAACCUCUCUGCAUGGAGCUCAGCAAAGGAGCCAUGGAUCCGAGCCGUAAGGAACACAAGGAAUACCUGAGAAACCUGUGUGAGCAGGUAACAUCUCAAAUGAAGGAACUGAUCGGCAGGCACGCUCCUCAAAAUUCAGGAGAUCAGAGAUGGAGCUGGCUGAAACAGGAGAUCUUCCAUCACUCUGUGCUGAGGAUGGAGAUGUGCUCCGAGUUUAGAGGCAGGGACGGUGUCAUGGGAAAGAUCUGCAUCACCAUGUGGGAGUCCAGUAAUGGAAGUCAUGAACCGCUGCUGAUUCAUGGACCUUCAGGGGUGGGUAAAACAGCUCUGGUUUGUAAACUGGCACAGGAUAUGCGGGGUGUCUUGGACCAGCGGGCGGUGGUGGUGCUGAGGUUGCUGGGCACGUCUCCGCUCAGCUCGGAUGUUGAUUCUGUUCUCCGAGGUGUUUGCCUUCAGGUGUGUGGAGCUUUGGGGUUGCAACUCCCGUACCCGCAUGUUGCCAACACACAUGAGGAGCUUGUCAAGUUCUUCCGUUCCAUGUUGGACCACGUGUCCAAACAAGGCGACACACUCCUGAUUAUUCUAGACUCAGUGGAGACGCUGUUCAAGACGAGCAAGGACCAUAAACUAGAUUGUAUACCCAAAGAUAUCCCACCCAACGUGCAUAUAGUGCUCUCCGUUUCAGACGACUGUGUCGAGAAAUGCAAAACUUUGGUUUCAGAAGAGAAAAACAUCUUCAGAGUUGAACCUCUCACGGCCGAUGAGGGAAAAGAUAUGAUUGAUGCUUAUAUGAAAGUGACAGGACGUCAGCUGACCUCAGAACAGUUAGAUAUCAUCCUGCACAGCUUCCAGCAGAGCGGAAGUCCAUUGCAUCUGAAACUCAUGCUGGACGCUGCCAAACACUGGCACUCCUACACCUCCAUGUCCAGUGUUCAUCUGGGCAUCACUGCACAGGAAGUGAUGACACGGUUUGUGCAGUCUCUUGAGGAGAAUCACGGGAGGAAAAUUGUCAGUCAUGCGCUGAGUUUCAUCUCGUUAUCAAGACAUGGACUAUCAGAAGCAGAGCUGCAAGAUAUUCUGUCUUUAGAUAAUGAUGUUCUGGCUGAGAUAUAUAAAUACUGGCUUCCUCCCAGUCACACGCUUCUGCGCUUCCCGCGCCUUUAUUGGUCACGUCUCUUGCACGACUUGAGAGAUCACCUGAUGGAGAGAUGGGAAGGUGGAGUUAUUCUCCUCAGGUUUCGCCACAGGCAAUUCUCAGAGCUGGUAAGAGACAGAUACCUGACACGUGAAAUGAAAACUGAUUUACACGGCAUCCUCGCCGAUUAUUUCUCAGGGCAGUGGAGUGCAGGUCAGCUCAGACCCAUCCUUCUGCCCUCACUGGGCACACUGCUCAAUGCUGACAGAAAGGUACCACCUCAGCCCUUGUGGUUCAACAGAGAAGCCGCCAAUAUGCGGAAGCUCUAUGAACUGCCCUAUCACCUCGCUCUUGCAGGAAAAUGGGAGGAGCUACGCCAGUCAGUGCUAGGGAGUCUGGAUUGGUUGUGCUGUAAGACUCUGAUGUGUGGUGUGGCCUGUGUUCUUCAGGAUCUCUCUCUCUGCACCCAGCUCACAGACUGUCAUGAGAUACAGAUGCUCAAAGAGACUUUUGUGCUGCUAAAGCCCAUGUUAGAUUUUAGUGACAGUCUUGUGGAUCCCUCACUGUUGGUCACAGAGAUCUACACUAGACUGCAGGCCCUCACUGAUCUCUAUCCGUCUAUGAUUGGUCAGCUGUGUUCUCAGUGCAUGGACUGGUUUGGUUCUUGUACCGACCCAGUGCUCGUGCCCAAAUGCAGCUUCUUUCAGGCCCCUGGGGGCCCGCUGAAGACCACCCUCACUGGGUUUACAAAAGGGGUGCGGACUGUUGUUGUGUGCUCAAAGAGGGAACUGCUGAUAGCAGGUUCAGAGGACGGACGGAUCAUUGUCUGGAGCCUGAGACAUCUACAUAUUCUUCACACUCUUUCUGGCCACACCGCGGGGGUGCUGUCCCUGAAGCUGACAGAUAAAACCAAUAACUGUCUGUCUACUAGUGUCGAUGGCACACUGAGGAAAUGGUGCUUGACCAGUGGACAACAGCUUUUCUGCAUCCCUGAUGCAGUUUCUGUCCAAACACACACCCCUACACACAUCCACAUGAUUGAAGAAAAGAAAAUUAUCUUAACCAACCCAAGUGGUCAAGUCAAAGCUUGGCAUUUGGACACUGCAGAGCUUCUGUAUGAGGUCCCGGCGGAGGUGUGUUCUGUUCUUGGUGUUGUGGGCGAUUCAGUGGCGUGCAUGUGCAGCGAGGGGGCGCUCUGCUUUUACGACACAUCUACCGGCAUUCAAAAUUCCCAGACCACUCUACCCUGCUCAGAUCACAGCGUCACCUGUUCCCUGACCCUCACCAAACACUCCAAAAUCCUCAUUGCUUUUGGAGAGGGCCGUCUGCAUUUGGUGAGCAGUCAGACCGUCCAGUCUACAGUUGAUCUUCCCUCUCCGGCUUUGUUCCUCAGUACAUCUGAAAAUGAGAAUCUGCUGUUUGCAGGAUGUGACAGAACAUUGUGCGUGUUUCUUGUGACACUGACCUCCAAACAAAAGGUUCUGGACCUUCAGCACGAUGCAUCGGUCCUUUGUGCAGUCUCAACAAGUGACAGUAGUGAAAUUAUCACGAGCGCUCAGGAUCGGAUCAUACGGGUUUGGAGUGUGACGACAGGAGCCCUGUUGGACUGGAUUGGUGGAAUGGAUUCUGUAGUGUCCUCAUUGGUUGUACAUCAGCGCACAGUUAUCUCCUCAUCUGUUCUCAACAGCUCGCUCAAAAUAUGGCACCUGGACUACAACACAAAGUACAGGAACAAGAGCAGCAUCCCGGCCUACUGCCCCCUAGUGGUCUUGUCUAAAGACGGUGAUACUGUUUACUACAUCAAAGAGGGCAAUAAAUCGGAGGUGUACAUGUGGAACUGUUCGGAAGGUGAAACAUAUAAUUAUAAUAUGUUUUAAUGUCUUCAGUCAGGUAGUAUGGACAUCUCCUCAGAAGUGUGUUGUAUGGAAUUAGCCCAGCAGAAACGUCUACUCUUCUGCGGCCUGCGGACCGGCACCAUCUUUAUUUACCCCCUAGACAUUAUCCAAGAAACUCUGUGCCUGCCCCCUCCAGAAAGCCUACCCACAGUACGCAGCAUGGCCAUCAGCCCGCGAGAGGACCAAAUCGCGGUGGCGUAUGAGGAUGCUGUCUGCCUGUUUGAGAUCACGUCGAGGGAUAGUUUCCCAUGUGUGGACGGCCCGUUGGAAAGAUAUUCCCUGUGUCUGCUGCACUCCCCCAUUUCUGCCAUGGCUCUGCUGUCCGACUGUAGGCUGCUCUACGGGACCUUCGGCGGGGAAGUGGUCAUCUAUGAUUUUAAGAGCGCCACAGCGGCCGAGCUGGAUCGUCACGGCUAUGCCAUCACCUGCAUCACUAUGAGCAACUGGGACUCGCAUGCUCUGAUCGGCUCUCAAGACUGUGUGCAGAAGUUGUGGAAUUUGAGCCCCGUUUUGCUGGAUCACACCAUGGAGUAUAAGGGUUUUUAUUUUGAAGGGGUUCUGUGUGCUGUUUUCUCAAAAAAUGACAAAUACGUCUUCACUGGAUCUCUGGACAAAACCAUCAAAGUCUGGGAUGUUGGUACAGGGUGUUUGCUGUACAUUCAGCUUGUAUACUCUCCAGUAAUAAAGAUGAUGGCACACAAGGAUGGAUUUGUAGCUAUGUCCCAGCAUGGCUCCUUCAUCAAGGAAGGCUUCCGCUGUCCAGACAGCCUCAAACCGGAAUACAAACCCCUCCGAAACUUUAGAGCGCAUUACCGCGUCACCUCUCGUGAGAAAAGCCAGAGCGUUCCGCACACCGUGCUCAGUGAUCUCCAAGACUACAAUCCUGCUCAGUUUAACUUCAUAGGCAUGAUGAAAUCCAAACCAUCUAACACGUGUGUUGUCCUAUGAGGAACAGAUUUUGUACAUGUUGUCUAUAGU